GACACAACACGCACACAUACACCAUCGGUUCUUUCCACAUGCCAGCUCGGAAGGAGAAGGCGGCUUAUCAAUUAAUAAGCUCAUUUUGAAAGGGAUUUGCUUAGUGUCCUGGACACCGGUGCCCCAGAUGAGCUUGUGGUUCAGAUCAGGAUGUUAUCAUGACAAGGAGAAUGUGAUAUCUGUGUAUGGACAGUGAGAUGUUACUGUAACACAGAGGCACUCAUGUGGCAGCUCUCAAUGUGGAUCUAUCAGUAAAGAUAGCCAACGUGUUCUUAACUUCUUGUCAUAAGGGGUAAAGUUAUGUCAAUAGGCCAAACAUAUAAAGGUGUGUUAACUACAGUGGAUAAAAGUGACUGCGGACACAGCAUGUAUUUGCUCAAGGCUUGUCUGGAAUUACUGUUAGGCUAGAGCGAUUUUGAAAACGUAUAGCAUAAUGAUUGCCAUAAAUAUUGACUUUUAUAAUUGACCAUGUUUUUAACCUGAUUUGUUUUCUUUUUGUUAUGUCGUACUUAGUUUCAUUGUUCCUAUGAGCACCUCUGUCCCUGUUCUCUGUUGGGGGCCAAUAUCAUGCACACACUCACACACAUAAACAUACACAUACACACACAUCCCUGCUGCCCUUUGGCAUUCUCUGCCAUGCUCAUACGACAGCUAUGCUGCUAGGAUAGUCCAGUCUACAUAGCUGUGUGUGAUCAGGAAAUGAUACCUAUCCCUAAGUGAAUGAUGACAUUAUACAAUAAAGAUAGAUAAGCUUGAUGAUCUUUAUUGACAGAUUGUACUCAGAAUGAGCUUCAGAGAAAUGGCCAGGAUGUUUUUAAUUUUCCAUUGCAUGUUACUGAAGGCUUAUUAAGCAAGAGGGCUUGCCAAUGGGUCUCCCCACUUCCUUUGUGUCUGUGUGUGUACGUGUGACUGUGUGUGGAUGUGCGUGCGUGUGGCUGUCACUAUGUUUGUGUCCGUGUGUGUACGUGUGACUCUGUGUGUAUGUGUGGUUGGAGCACAUCUAAAAAGGGACUCCUUAUCUCUUUUGCUGCAAGCCUGUGAGGUCACAGGUUUCAGAAACUCCCAGUUUGUCAAACUGCCUUCUCAUACAUGUCAGCACUUUUCUGUAUGUGUGUUUCUUCUGUCCACUGCGCAGCAAUGGGAAACCAUAUUGUAGCCGACCGACAGAAAAGAAAGAUGCCUUUGGGUGAUGAUGGACAUUCCUGGAAGAAGAAAACAUCAGAUGUGAAGGAAAACUACGACUUCAAGGAGAUCCUGGGGACGGGGGCUUUCUCCGAGGUGGUCCUAGCAGAAGAGAAGAGGACCCAGAAACUGGUGGCCAUCAAAUGCAUCCCCAAGAAAGCCCUGGAGGGCAAAGAGAACAGCAUUGAGAACGAGAUUGCUGUCCUACACAAGUUAAAACAUGCCAACAUUGUUUCCCUGGAGGACAUCUUUGAGAGUAAAACCCACCUCUACUUGAUUAUGCAGCUGGUGUCUGGUGGGGAGCUGUUUGAUAGGAUUGUGGAGAAGGGAUUUUACACAGAGAAAGAUGCCAGCAAGCUCAUUCAGCAGAUCCUGGAUGCUGUUAAAUACCUCCAUGACAUGGGCAUCGUACACCGCGACCUGAAGCCGGAGAACCUUCUGUAUGACAGUAUGGAGGAGGACUCUAAGAUCAUGAUCAGUGACUUUGGCCUGUCCAAGAUUGAGGGAUCUGGAAGUGUCAUGUCCACAGCCUGCGGAACACCAGGAUACGUGGCCCCUGAAGUGUUGGCCCAGAAACCCUACAGCAAGGCGGUGGACUGCUGGUCUAUCGGGGUCAUCGCAUACAUCCUUUUGUGUGGAUACCCUCCGUUCUAUGACGAGAAUGAUGCCAAGCUCUUUGAGCAGAUCCUGAAGGCUGACUAUGAGUUUGACUCUCCGUACUGGGACGAUAUCUCUGACUCAGCCAAAGACUUCAUAGUUCACUUGAUGGAGAAGGACCCCAGGAUACGCUACACAUGUGACCAGGCUCUGCAGCACCCCUGGAUCGCUGGUGACACAGCUCUAGAUAAGAACAUCCAUGAGUCUGUCAGUGCCCAGAUCAAGAAGAACUUUGCCAAGAGCAAGUGGAGGCAAGCGUUUAACGCCACGGCAGUGGUGCGUCACAUGAGGCGUCUGCAGCUGGGCACCAGUCAGGAGGGCCCCAGCCAGACCACCCUGCCCAGCCCCCUCCGAGCCCACCUGCUGCUGCCCGAGGCCACAGAGACAGAGCACACCACUGAGUCUCCGUGCGAGGGAUGCUGCUCCCAGAGUGCUGAUGGGGGGGCUGAGCGCGACCCCCUCUCCAACUGCACCUACCGCUGCCAUCCAACCAGUCUGGUCUGAUCCCUGCCCAGCAAUGGCUUUCCCAUUUAUUUACCUCUGGACACCAGCGAACUCCCCAGUCUGGCCAGGAAUACAGAGUUGUUCCAGUGCCCUGCCAACAGGGGGGGAAGGCGGGUUAUGAAUUCAGGUUGGGGAGGAGGGACUUGAUGCCAACAAGAGGAGGUAAUUUGAACGGAUUGGGGGAGAUGAGGAGAACAAAGAGGAGGAGAGGUGUGGUGCUCAGAGUAAUCCUGGGUAUUAUUUUUUGAGGUGCGGGACAAACUGUUUACUUGUCCUUUUAAAAUGUGUGUCUGCUUUUUACAUCUCUGCAUUUAUGUACAUGCUGUUUUCUAUCUUAAUUAUCCUUCCCCUUUGACAACUUCUAGAAAGAGAAUCCACUAAUGAUAUCUGCAUGGUCAGAAGACAGGUCCCUAUUGGAAACAUGUGUUUUAUAGCAUGAAAGGUCUAUUGCACAAUCAUGUAUGGUGGUAACCAUUGUGUUAUAGUUCCUGUACUGCAGAUACACAUCUUUAUGACGAUAAUAAGUUUAGCCCCUCAGAAUUAUAAUUGUAUGGCUUUGUUGUAUUUUAUAUUUGUAUAAAUGUAGCCUUACAAUACACAGAUGCAUUCACCUAAUACCACUGCUGGAGAAUCCAUGUGGGAAUACUCCAUCUAUUGGACUAUAUACUUUGUCUUUUUUUUCUCAGCAUGUUUGUUCUUCAACACUGUAAGUUUGUAGUUGUGCUCCCCAGGCUUGUAACAGAACAAGGCUUUCUGAUUUUAACUAAUUCAGCACAGGAACUUCCUCUCUAUGCCUUUAGGACAAUGUCAAAGGUUUAUUUUCUGGUAGCUUUUACAAAUUUAAAGAUACACCUAUAUCUCUGUUCCAUUAAUGCAGCAUUAGAGGCAAUUUCAUUUCUAUCAUUGUAUUGUUGUACAUAUUUCAUUGUGGUAAUUGAAUCAUUAAAAUACAGACUUUUCUCUUCUGUCUAGAUCUCUUUCCCAGUUGAGAAGUGUAAUACCUCAUGGGAGAUAGACUUACAUACACAGCCAUUCCUCUUAGUACUAAGAAUAGGUCUCAGUUAACCCACCGUUUUUACUCCUUGAUGUUUCUUAAAAGCCACACUCUUCCCUGUUUGGGGAAUAUGAUCCCGUUGAUAAAGCUGCUCAAGACUUAAUCCAUUAUAGAUAUUACUGUAAGACCAUGGAGAAUGAAAUGAGGUCCGGCCUUUCCUCAACCCAAAGCAGGAUGUGGAUGUUUUUAACUAAAGACACAUUUGUAAGUGUAGAUACUUAUCUGACCAUGUAGAUACUACUAACGUUCCCACUUUGACUACUCUUCCAUGGAUCUUACCUCCAUUCAUAUGUUGGUUGUUUUCCGAGCCAAUGUAUCUGUACAGAGAGAAUUUGAAUUAAAGAAUGUAAAUAUA